ACCUUAUUUACCUUUGGACAUCGGGCUACAACUUGAUUUGUUGUUUACUACCUACCUACCGUUGUGUAGGUGGAGCUUACCCGGCUACAGAUAACGAGUGGCGAGACGCAAGCUCAAGUCUUCGUUCCACCCUUAGUUAAAUCGGACUUCAUUCGCCCUGGAGAGGGCUCAAUGGCGCGCCUCAAUACCAGCGCUCCAAGGCCAAGAAUGAAGAAAGCUCAGGCUAAAUCGACCACAGAUGAAGAUGAAGCGGAAGCUGGGAUCGACAGAGAAAGUCCAGCUGCGCUCCUGAAUCGGUCUAUUCAAGGCUCGGGAAACAGUCGAAGCCACAAGGAAGUUAAAGGAGGCAGAUUGGCCGGGAUAGGAGCGCAACCAACCGUUAGAGAGGCACAUAACCUACCAGAGAUUUCUGACAAUGGUGGGGCAGAGAACAACCAAGUACUCAACUUGUCAGUAGAAGGUGAAGCGAUUGCGACUCCGCCAUCAUCUGCGCAAAAUCGCGAGACGAAGAGUCUAAAACGAUCUCUGCCGAGACCUGACCCAUACGAUGUACCCCCCGACGAUUGCGAACCAAACGAACGCCGCGAUACGGAGAAUGAAAGUGAUGAGCCUCCCCGCAAGCGUCUGAAGCUAUCUAGGACGGAUCCAGAUUCAACAACGCCAAGGCCAGGCAGGCUUAUGAAUACGCUUAAACUCCCCCCUCCAUCAGGGAGUCGAAGACGAAGCAUAUAUUUGGCAGAAGGGCAAAUUACAGUUUUGACAGGGAACCUGCAAAUGCCAAAUGACUCGGAGAUUACGGUCGGUAAUAAUCCACCUGCCAAAGCCAAACGAGGACGAGGACGCCCGAAAAAGCAAAACCGUACUGAUGCCACCUCUGGCGUCAUUCCAGCGAAUGAGCCAGCGGCCACUGGGGCCGCAGAAGCUGGGCUUAAUUCUCAUGCACCAGCAGUUGGAGAGGACGCAGCAAAGAGCAAUGGUGGUGCAGAAUCACCUGUGAAUGUACAAGAUGGAAACCCUCGAGAUAUAGGGAGUCCACCUUCUCAAGAAUCGGAUAACUCCGAUUACAAGCCCGAUGACGAAGAGGACAUCGAUGCUGCAACUUCUCGAUCGAAAAGCUAUGAGAGAGCGACACCUUCAGAAGCGUAUCUUAUUGAUCCUGGAACUUUUGAUAUAAUAAAGGACGAAUUGAAACAUGUGGGGCAUAAAUUUGAUAAAGAAACCAAGCAAUGGUCUCAGAAGCUCGAGAGGCCGAAUUCCAAAACCAUUCCGGGAAAGAGACUGGAAAGGCUUUUGGGCCAACUGGCCGAGUCAUAUUGCGCUCUUCGUACAUCGAAAAGUGCUGGGAAUCCUCACGCCAUUCAUAUUGCCCGAACAGAAGUGAUGCGUGUCAUUGAAGAGAUCACCACCAAGAGCAAUGAAAUUGUGACAGAUCGACUUAAGCACACCGAACCAACAACUGAAAGCAUACAGAAGACGAAGAAUUUUCUUUCUGACCUAUAUUACGUCCUUCUCCAACGCUUCAUUGAUGCUAUCAAAGCUGGAACUGAAGUUCAUACUGUCGAAGGACCAAUGACUACUAUUGCUCUUCAGGAAAUUGCCAAGCUCCUUGAGAUAAUGAAGGACCUGGCGGAGAAAGCGGUCGACCAGCCAUCCAAUUUACAACCAAAAGCCCCAAAGAACAAGACAUAUCAUAUACUGAAGCCGAUUCGCCAAGUGUUGCCCAUGAUCAGAGAGCUUCAUAGGAAGAUCUCACGUGAGCUCAGCAGAAGGAAACGGGCUGAAGAGCUUGCGAGAUGGGAGAAAGUAUCUGUCGAGCGAGAGAGGCGUCGUCGACAAGAGGAAAUAGAGGCGCGUUCAGAGAGGCAGCGCAAAAAGAUCGCAUUGCAUAGAUUGCAGAGACGGGUUUUGGACGAAAAGUUGGCUGAUCCAUUAUUGCCUCGAUGGGCUAAGGCGGAAAUUGCAAGAUAUAAAGUCAAGCCAGAGUCCAGGAGGCCACAGACGAAGCUCAACGCGCGUAUAUCACAAUCAGCGGGAUCGAGACAGUCGUCCAUUGCCGAAGUCUAUGACGUGGAAGAGAUGGAAGGUCCUCCCUUCCACGAUGAUCCUUUCGACGAGGGGACGGAUGGUGCGGCAUUUAAUAAUGAUGGCUAUGAGCGAGUCAAGAUAUUCGGAAAGAGUAACAGACAACAGCAGGUUCCAAAGCCGUGGUCGACUCAAGAGAAGAUGGUCUUCAUUGAUACAAUGAGGUUUGAGAGAGGCGAGGAUCGAUACCAAAAGGCGGCUGAGCGGCUGCAGCGGAGCUUGGAUGAAAUAUUUGAACGCGCGAAGGACCUUCAGGAGGCCAUGGACACGGAGCAUGAGAACGGGAGGAUGAAUCAACCAUGUGACGAGUGGACCUAUGACAUUUGGGUCGAGCAACGGUAAAGGCAGGCAUGAGUAUCUAUCAUAGGCGUUAUUUGGUCUGACAUGAGGAUGGAGACAGGGUCUCAAUGGUGCCUGUAUGUGUAUGAUACCCCAAAGGCCAGUGAUUCCCGUCGGCCGAAGACUGGGAUAGGCCUUCUUUUUUCCCUUAUUUUCGCAUGGCGUAGUUGGGGAAAGGAAAGUGUGUACCGGCUAUCUAAAGCGCCGGGGUCGAGUAUCGAACAUAGCGCUCUAAUCGGUCAAUAUGAAGGUUUCUUCAUCAAUGCCAUGUUGCCC